GGCAGCGGUUAAACGUCGAAUGUGUGAUCUCGUGCAUUGGUCCGUAGUGGAAUCUGCGAAAACGCCACAACCGCCAUAAUGAUCAAACAGAAGGGAAAUUCAGUGCCAAGAGGUCCUUCGAGAGAGUGCACAACCGCACUCAAUCAAAAGCCACCAGAGACGGGAGAGGAGCAAGAGCGUCCGGAAGAAUACUGCUGGGGCGGUUACCAUCCGGUCAAACUAGGAGACAUGCUCCAGGAGCGGUAUCAAAUAAUUCGGAAGCUAGGCUGGGGCUACUUUUCUACGGUAUGGCUCAGUUGGGAUCCGGUUGAGAAACGGUACGUUGCGUUAAAAAUUGUCAAAUCGGAGAAGAUUUACACCGAGACGGCAGAGGACGAGAUCAAAAUUCUCAAAGCAAUACGAGAUGCAGAUCCGGGCGAUCCGAAACGAAAUAAGAUUAUUCAACUGUUUGACGAUUUUCGCAUAACCGGUGUGAAUGGUACUCAUGUUUGCAUGGUGUUUGAGGUACUGGGCUAUGAACUUUUGGAACUGAUUGCGAAAAGUAACUACCGAGGCAUUCCACUUCCAAAUGUUAAAUCGAUUGUUCGCCAGGUUUUGGAAGGAUUGGAUUAUCUGCAUUCGAAAUGCCAUGUGAUUCACACAGACAUCAAACCGGAGAACAUUCUGGUCUGCGUAGACGAUGAAUACUUUCGCAAUUUAGUUGUCGAUCCUUCGAAACUACGUGAAGAGCUAUGUCCAACGACCGAAGAUACCGAUGAACACCAAACUGAUGUUGAAUCAAUUGCCCUUCAGAUAGGAGAGCUACAAAUUGGCAGCACUGGUGGUCCUUCAGUUCAAAAUAAAACUGAACAUGGAAACGGAGAUAUGGCCAAAUCUGCGAAUGUGGAACCAUGCACAACAAGCAGUACCGAUGACCUAAGCAAAAAUAUCCCACACUCAUCCAAUGAGUACGCUCCCUUAUCUCAAUCAACCAACAAUUCCUCAAGUAAAGAUCCGGCAUUGACUGUGUGUGACAUCCAGGUUAAGAUCGCCGAUUUGGGAAACGCAUGCUGGAUCGACAAGCACUUCACCGAAGACAUCCAAACCCGUGAGUUCCGCUCGCUGGAGGUGAUCAUCGAGUCCGGUUACAACACUUCGACCGAUAUCUGGAGCGUGGCUUGUAUGGCUUUCGAGUUGGCCACCGGAGAACAUCUGUUCGAUUCGGUAGACUCCGGCAGGGAUAGUGGUUCUGAGGAUAGCGAUGACGACGGCUGCGAUGAUGUUCACAUAGCUUCCAUGAUUGAGCUGCUAGGGCCCAUACCGAAGAAGAUCGCCUUGUCCGGUGCUAAAUCUAAGGACAUUUUCAACGCGAAGGGGAAAUUGCGAAGCUUUAAGGACAUCAAGCCAUGGAGUUUGAGUGAUAUGUUGCAGGAAAAGUAUGGAUGGGAUCAGCAGGAUGCAGAGGAUUUUGGUGAUUUUCUAAGACCGAUGUUGGAAUACGAUGCGAAGGAGCGGGCAACUGCGGCUAUUUGUCUUGACCAUCCGUGGUUGCAGGAUUUCGAGAGGUAGAGGG